AUGGCCUUGGCAGGUUUAUCUUCCUCAAGCAGGAUGUGGUGGAAGCUUGUUAUCAGCGAAUACGAUUCUUACAGAAAAAAAUCUUCGUGGAACCCUUGUUGUUGCUGGUGGAAAAUCGCUGUCUUCAGAAAACCGUCAACUAAGAAGCAUCGGAAGCAUUUCCCUCAUCCCGAGUACAAUCUCCGUUCUCAACACAACGACAUCGCCAUUUUAAAAGUCUCAACUCCAUUUUCAAUCAACACAUUCGUCCGCCCCGUCUGCUUGCCCUGUCACAGCAGACCUCUUCCAGACAAAGCGAAAUGUAUCGUCACUGGCUUCGGAUUGACCGAACGGGGCAGAACCACUGAGGACAAGAUUUUCGCUUCAGUAGAGACGCAUUCAAAAGAAUUCUGCAGCUCUCGAUUCGGAUAUGGCUUCAAAGAUGGAAUGAUGUGCGCCGGAGGAAGAACAGCGGAUACAUGCAGGGGUGAUUCUGGUGGACCCCUCGUUUGCAGCAUAAACGGACAUUAUUAUAUCUUUGGGAUUACCUCCUGGGGCCAGAAUCCCAACUGCCAAGGUGGACAAGGAGUCUAUACAAGUGUUCCAAGCUAUCUCGAAUGGAUACAUCAAAAUUUUUGA